GUGGAAAAUUAUCAAGAACACAACAUUUGGAUUUAAAUGAAAAUUUAUUUACAGAAAAAACAAUUGAAAAAACAAUAGAUCCAUUGAGCAUAAAUAACAAUAAAGAACUUGAUGAAAUGCUAAAAGAAUGGGAUGAGAUUCAUAGCAAGAUCAAUUUUGAUAAUAAAUUUUUUUUUAACAUAAAUGGACAUACAACAAAAAGAAAUUCAGUAAUUGAGUGGAUAAAAAUAAUGCCUGAAAAUUCAGAAAUUUGGGAUGUAAUUUAUUAUGCUGACCUAAUUCCACUAUAUAAAAUAUUAGAAGAAUCAUUGCAAAAAGAAAUUGAACUUCUUUUCAAAGAUCAAAUAUUAAUGAUAGAUUUAAUUAAAAUUGAAGAUAGAAAUAUAAAAUAUUAUAGAGUUGAUUUUAAAACUCCUUUGAAAAGUGAUAAAUAUCAAAUUUAUGGAGCCAUUUUUAAUGAAAAUUCUGAAAAAUGCUUUGAUAUUGAAUUUAAAUAUUUUGAUCAAUAUGGAUUUUCAAUAAUCAUUGAAAGGUUUAAUGAAAAUCAAAAUGAUGUUUCUCAAAUUCGAUGGGCAAUGAUUGGUUCUCCUGCAGAAAUAGGAUUUUAUAGCAAAAAUACCAGAAAUUUAGAAAUGGUGAAUAUUGGAAAGAGUUCUGGAACUGAUUUAAGUGAUAUCUUUAACAUGUCUUCAUUAAAUAACAUCCUUAGUAGAGCUUUUGGAAAUUUGCUUGAUGUUAAAACUUGUAGAAUUGAAUAUAAUUCACCUGAGGAUGAAAAUUUACAAUCUUGGAUUGAGAAAUUUAAACUUCAAUAUGGAUUGAUUAUUGAUGAAAAGGGCAUUAAAAAAGGAAAUAUCCAACCUUUUAAUUUUUCAACAAAUCCAAAAAUUAAUAAAAUUAAUCCAACUGAUUCUAUAAAAACCAGCUUGACAAUCACAAAUUCAUUAUUACAUUCUUAUCUUUUAAAAAGUAAUAUUAAAGUUAUUGAUGAUGAAAUGAUAAGGUUAUUCAGCCAAGAAUCUCUUUUUAUUAAUUCAAAAGUAAAAGAUUCAUGGAAUUUAGAAUCUAAACAAACAAUUCAUUAUGAGAUUAAUAGUCAACAAAUUGAAUUGGCUUUUGAAAAUUUUGUACCAUCAAAUGAAUUAAUUAAAGAUGUGCGUAAGGCUUUAGAUACAGAAAAUCCUUAUCAUGAACUUGAAAUUAUAUUUAAUGAAUAUGGUCAUUUAUUAUGUAAAAAAAUUAUAUUAGGUGGAAAAUUAUCAAGAACACAACAUUUGGAUUUAAAUGAAAAUUUAUUUACAGAAAAAACAAUUGAAAAAACAAUAGAUCCAUUAAGCAUAACCAACAAUAAAGAACUUGAUGAAAUGCUAAAAGAAUGGGAUGAGAUUCAUAGGAAGAUCAAUUUUGAUAAUAAAUUUUUUUUUAACAUAAAUGGACAUACAACAAAAAGAAAUUCAGUAAUUGAGUGGAUAAAAAUAAUGCCUGAAAAUUCAGAAAUUUGGGAUGUAAUUUAUUAUGCUGACCUAAUUCCACUAUAUAAAAUAUUAGAAGAAUCAUUGCAAAAAGAAAUUGAACUUCUUUUCAAAGAUCAAAUAUUAAUGAUAGAUUUGAUUAAAAUUGAAGAUAGAAAUAUAAAAUAUUAUAGGGUUGAUUUUAAAACUCCUUUGAAAAGUGAUAAAUAUCAAAUUUAUGGAACCAUUUUUAAUGAAAAUUCUGAAAAAUGCUUUUAUUAUAGUAACAUUGAAUUUAAAUAUUUUGAUCGAUAUGGAUUUUCAAUAAUCAUUGAAAUGUUUGAUGAAGACCAAAAUGAUAUUUCCCAUAUUAUAUGGGCAAUGGUUGGUUCUCCUGCAGAAAUAGGGUUUUAUAGCAAAAACACCAGAAAUUUAGAAAUGAUGAAUAAUAAAGAGAGUUCUGGAACUGAUUUAGGUCAUAUCCUUAAUAUGUCUUCAUUAAAUGAUUCUCUUAAUGAUGAAGUUUUUGGAGAUUUGCUUGAGGAAAAAAAUGUUGAAAAUACUAAUGAAAUUGUAGUAGAAG